GGCUGAGCCCAUUUAUUAGCAGUCCAUAACUAACAAAAACAAAAAGCCCAAUAGAUGUCCCUGUACUAAAUAAGUAAGCAUAAAAUACAAUAGGGUUUUAGCAUUGCAGCCGUCUUUGUGUUCUUCUGUCUUACCAUCAUCACAACUCAGAAGCUCGACCAUGGCCGUCGGAAAGAACAAGAGAAUUUCCAAAGGCAAGAAAGGAGGAAAGAAGAAAGCAGCUGAUCCAUAUGCUAAAAAGGAUUGGUAUGAUAUCAAGGCUCCAUCAGUAUUUGCUGUCCGCAAUGUUGGGAAGACCCUUGUUACCCGUACACAGGGUACAAAGAUUGCUUCAGAAGGCCUGAAGCAUCGUGUGUUCGAAGUGUCAUUGGCUGAUCUUCAGAAUGACGAAGAUAACUCCUUCAGGAAGAUUCGUCUGAGAGCUGAAGAUGUCCAAGGAAGAAAUGUCCUGACAAACUUUUAUGGUAUGGACUUCACCACAGAUAAGUUGAGGUCACUGGUAAAGAAAUGGCAAUCAUUGAUUGAGGCUCAUGUUGAUGUUAAGACAACUGAUAGUUACACCUUGAGAAUGUUCUGCAUUGGCUUUACCAAAAAGCGCCCAAACCAACAAAAAAGAACUUGCUACGCACAGUCAAGCCAGAUUCGCCAGAUCCGUCGCAAGAUGCGUGAGAUCAUGGUUAACCAGGCACAAUCGUGUGAUUUGAAAGACUUGGUCCUGAAGUUCAUUCCUGAAUCAAUUGGCAGAGAGAUUGAGAAGGCAACAUCAAGCAUCUACCCAUUGCAGAAUGUGUUCAUUCGCAAAGUCAAGAUCUUGAAGGCUCCAAAGUUUGACCUUGGCAGGCUGAUGGAGGUUCACGGUGAUUACUCAGAAGAUAUCGGUGUGAAGGUGGAUAGACCAGCAGAGGACGUUGUAGCUGAGCCAACUGAAGUUGUUGGAGCUUAACUAUGUUAUGAUUUUCAUAAUCUGUUUUAUGAACUUGUUCUCGGUUUUCAUUGUUUUUGUUUUUCAUUAAAUGAGUCAGUAGAUUACCUUCAUGUCUUGAGAGUUUAGCAACAAAUUUUAGAGGCAAUUAUAUACUACAUUAUGAUAUUUCUCACUCCUUGAAAUAUGUUUACCAUUUUUCAGUAAAUGGCACUGCAAUUCUGGCCUUCAA